CGACGGCGAAAGGAGGCGACGGGCGCGGCGGCGGCGGCGGUGCCCGGGGCCCGCGGCGGCGGCGGCGGCGGCGAGGGGCCCGAAGAUGGCGGACGUGCUCAGCGUCCUGCGACAGUACAACAUCCAGAAGAAGGAGAUUGUGGUCAAGGGGGAUGAAGUGAUCUUUGGCGAGUUCUCCUGGCCCAAGAAUGUGAAGACCAACUAUGUAGUUUGGGGGACUGGAAAGGAAGGCCAACCCAGAGAGUACUACACAUUGGAUUCUAUCUUAUUCCUACUUAACAAUGUGCACCUUUCGCAUCCUGUUUAUGUCCGACGUGCAGCUACUGAAAAUAUUCCUGUGGUUAGAAGACCUGACCGGAAAGAUCUACUUGGAUAUCUCAAUGGGGAAGCAUCAACAUCAGCAAGCAUAGAUAGGAGUGCUCCACUGGAAAUUGGUCUUCAGCGGUCCACUCAAGUCAAAAGAGCUGCAGAUGAAGUUUUAGCAGAAGCAAAGAAACCACGAAUUGAGGAUGAAGAGUGUGUGCGUCUUGAUAAAGAGCGAUUGGCGGCUCGUUUGGAAGGCCAUAAAGAAGGGAUUGUGCAGACUGAACAGAUUCGGUCUUUGUCUGAAGCCAUGUCAGUGGAAAAAAUUGCUGCAAUCAAAGCCAAAAUUAUGGCUAAGAAAAGAUCUACUAUAAAGACUGAUUUGGAUGAUGACAUAACUGCCCUUAAGCAGAGGAGUUUUGUGGAUGCUGAGGUAGAUGUGACCAGAGAUAUUGUCAGCAGAGAAAGAGUGUGGAGGACAAGAACAACUAUCUUACAGAGCACAGGAAAGAAUUUUUCCAAGAAUAUUUUUGCAAUUCUUCAAUCUGUUAAAGCCAGAGAAGAAGGGCGUGCCCCUGAACAACGGCCUGCUCCAAAUGCAGCUACUGUGGAUCCCACAUUACGUACAAAGCAGCCUAUUCCAGCUGCCUACAACAGAUAUGACCAGGAAAGAUUCAAAGGCAAAGAAGAAACGGAAGGCUUUAAGAUUGAUACUAUGGGUACCUACCAUGGCAUGACACUGAAAUCUGUAACGUGCCAUAGAUUUGUCCCAUCAGAUGAAAAGAAGAAGCAGGGUUGUCAACGGGAAAAUGAAACACUAAUACAGAGAAGAAAGGACCAGAUGCAGCCAGGGGGCACAGCAGUUAGUGUCACAGUACCUUACAGAGUAGUAGACCAGCCCCUGAAACUUAUGCCUCAAGACUGGGAUCGGGUUGUAGCUGUUUUUGUGCAAGGUCCUGCUUGGCAGUUCAAAGGUUGGCCAUGGCUUCUACCUGAUGGAUCACCAGUUGACAUAUUUGCUAAAAUUAAAGCCUUCCAUCUCAAAUAUGAUGAAGUUCGCCUAGAUCCAAAUGUGCAAAAAUGGGAUGUAACAGUAUUAGAACUGAGCUAUCAUAAGCGUCAUUUGGAUAGACCAGUUUUCUUACGUUUUUGGGAAACAUUGGAUAGAUACAUGGUAAAGCAUAAAUCUCACUUGAGAUUCUGAAUCAUUUGAUUUCUCCUUUUCUGAAAACUUGGAUUGAAAAGCAUGGAUAUAGCUUGAUCUACAGACUGAAACCCAAGCUUUAUGAAUUCAUCAAGAACUUGCAAAUGAAGAAGGCCACAGAACAGUCUUUUAUAAUAAGACCUUGUUUGAUGCUGUGUGCUUCAAAGGGGCAAUGCCUCCCAUCCAACUUUUUUGGCUUACAACUAUUUUUUUAAUAUUAGCCUUUUAGUCUGUAAUGGAAAUUGUAUAUUUUGAUAGAAGUUUUUUCUCUAUUGGUUAAAUUAGCAUUACUUAGAAUUUGGUUCUUUAGAAAUAAAUACAGAUUAUAAAUGUGUGUAUAUUUAGAAGUUAUAAGGCUCUUUAAGCCAUCUUGCUUCUGAUUUUUCAUUGCUCUAUGAUUCCUUUUACUGGAAAAUACUGUCAUGAAUGGUAUUAAAUUUUAGACUUUAGAAUUUCAAAACCCCAUCAAAGGGAAGUAACUAUUAAAUCAGUUGAAAGACA